ACUAAUCGACACAGAAGAGAAAGGGUGUAGUUAAAAUUGUUAACUAAAUUAAAGUUUUUUCUUUUGUGAAUCUUAAUGUGCGCAAAUCCAUGGCAGGGAGAUGUGCUUUGCUUUUCCUCCUCGCUUCAGAUUUCUUGGUCUCCGCCGUGACGUCGUCGAGGAACUUUACGAUAGAGAACAAUUGUGAUUCCAUCAUAUGGCCUGCUUCCUACUCCUACCAGGGAUCGCUCGAAACAAAUGGUUUCCGUCUCGAGAAGGGACAGAGGCGUACCAUCAAAGCGACGUCGUCAUGGGUAGGUCAAAUAUGGGGUAGGACACUCUGCUCUACCAACUCAUCAAGUGUCUUCUCAUGUGUCACCGGAGACUGUGGCACCGGGAAAAUCGAGUGCAACAAGACCGUCGUGGAACCGUUCAUGUCGGCAACUUUGGCAACUUUGGCCGAGUUUAACCUCGCUGCGACUCCUGAGGAUGGUGAAAAUUAUUACGACGUCAGCGUCAUCUACGGUUACAACCUUCCUUUGCGUGUAACCCCUGAGAACCAAAAGUGUAAACCCAUCAAAUGCGUUGUUGACAUAGACAAGAAGUGUCCGUCGGAGCUGAUAUUGAACGAUAGUUCGAACAACCCAUCUGCGUGUGAGACCCCGUGUCAGCAAAAUGAGUUGCCGGAGCUUUGUUGUGUCGGACUCUACGUCGAUGAAGAUAUCAGAGGACCGGAAAACUGUAAUCGGACGAUCUACUCGAAGACUUUCAACCACGAGUGCCGAGACGCUUAUAGCUACGCUUACGACAAUAAGUACUUCACAUGUCCAGGCUCCUCCAACUUUGUCAUCACGUUUUGCCCGUCUAGCACAACAAAACCAGGAAUAUCCCCACGGAAGUUAAAACUCAUACUUGGAUUUUCAUCAGCUUUUGCCACGAUUAUCAUUGUUGCUAUUGUGGUAAAAGUGAGAGCAAGUAAUAUGAGAAAGAGUGAUCGGAAUAGGAAGAACAUGGAAGCAGUUGUAAUGUUAAAACGAUUUAGCUAUUCGCAAGUCAAGAAGAUGACAAAAUCAUUUGCGAAUAUUCUUGGGAAAGGGGGUUUUGGAACUGUAUAUAAAGGGAAGUUACCCGAUGGUAGCCGAGAUAUUGCAGUGAAGAUCUUGAAUGAAUCAAAGGGGAAUGGGGAAGAGUUCAUCAACGAAGUAGCUAGCAUGAGUAGGACAUCUCAUGUUAAUAUUGUUGCUCUGCUUGGAUUCUGCUACGAAGGGAGCAAGAAAGCUAUAAUAUACGAGUUCAUGCCGAACGGAUCCCUCGACAAGUUCAUCUCUGAGAAGAUGUCGGAGAAGAUGGACUGGAAAACGUUGUACAACAUUGCGGUAGGUGUGUCUCGUGGCCUGGAAUACUUGCACAACCGUUGUGUAUCGAGGAUUGUACAUUUUGAUAUAAAACCGCAAAACAUUCUCAUGGAUGGAGAGUUUUGCCCCAAGAUAUCGGAUUUCGGUCUUGCUAGGCUAGGCAAAAAUAAUGAAAGCAUAAUGUCAAUGCUAGACGCAAGAGGCACAAUAGGGUACAUUGCUCCAGAAGUGUUUUCCAAGAAUUUUGGAGGCGUUUCUCAUAAAUCGGAUGUAUAUAGUUAUGGAAUGGUGGUGCUCGAGAUGAUUGGAGCACGAGACAACAACACUCAAAAUGCUGGAACCAACAACACCUCCUCAAUGUAUUUCCCAGAUUGGAUUUAUAAGGAUUUUGAGAAGGGAGAAAUCAUGAGUAGUGUUUUUGCAGAUCAGAUAACAGAAGAAGAAGAUGAGAAGAUAGUAAAGAAAAUGGUAUUGGUUGGUUUGUGGUGUAUUCAGACCAAUCCAUAUGACCGUCCACCAAUGAACAAAGUCGUUGAAAUGUUAGAGGGAAGUCUAGAGGCUCUUGAGAUUCCACCUAAGCCUCUUUUAUUUUCACCUGCAUCAUCAUCAACAACAGGUACAAAAACUGCUCACGAGAGUCAAGAGACUUCAAACUUCUCAGAACCAAGUCGAGACACACUACACUAUUUUGAACAAGGUGUUCAAGAUAUUGAAGAAGAGAAUCAAGAUAGCUCAAGAUCUUCCUAAUUAAAACAAGAAAAUGUGUUAUCUUCUUCUUGCUGGGAUCUUCUUACCCAUUUGUUGACGAAUUCAAAUAUUUAAUUUUUGCUGAUAUUCACCUUCAUGCAUGUAGAAAUGUAAA